AUGAUCUCCAACGCCGCCGUGCUCUGCCUGCUCCUCUUCUCCGCCGGCCAGCUCGCCGCGGCGAGCAAGUCCUUCGGCGGCGGCGGCGGCGGCUAUGGGGAAGAGGCCGGCGGCGGCGGCAAGGCUUCCAGCAGCGGCACGCCGUCGUCUACAACACCGGCGACGACGCCAUCGAAGUCGUCGUCAUCAUCAUCUACCCCGUCGACCGGAGGCGACAAGGCUUCCGGUGUCGGCGCUUCAAGUUCAACCAAAAACAAAGGGUACGGCAGCGGCACACCGUCGUCGUCGUCGUCUACGACGCCGGCUUCAUCAGGUGGCAGCAGCAGCACACCGUCGUCUACGACGACGCCUGCUGGUGCUGGAUACGGCCUGGAUCCCGCCGGCGAGCCGGAGUACGGCCUGAACCAGAAGGCGAUCGACGACAUCCUCAAGGAGCACAACGCGUUCCGGGCCAAGGAGCACGUGCCGCCGCUGUCGUGGAACGCGACGCUGGCCAAGUUCUCGCAGCAGUACGCGGAGAAGACGCUCAAGGGCCCGUGCAAGAUGGUGCACUCGACGUCGCCCUACGGCGAGAACCUCAUGCUCGGCACGGGCGGCAUCACCUGGAAGACCACCGUCGACCAGUGGAGCGACGAGAAGAGGAGCUACCACUACGGAUCCAACUCCUGCGACGCCGGCAAGAUGUGCGGCCACUACACCGCCGUCGUCUGGAAGGGCACCACCACCGUCGGCUGCGGCCGCGUCAAGUGCAACAACGGCGACACCAUGAUCAUGUGCAGCUACUGGCCGCCGGGCAACUACGACGGCGCAAGUUCCUUCUAA